AUGGAUUGCAAGAAGUCUAACAAGAUCAGGGAAAUUGUUAGACUUCAACAAAUCCUCAAGAAGUGGAGAAAGCUUGCAAACACGUCAAAAGCUGCUGCCACCAGUAACGGUGAUAGCGAAAGCAACGGCAACAACAACAACAAUAUCAACAGCGGCAGUAAGAGCAUCAAGUUUCUGAAACGCACACUUUCCCUAUCAGAUACCUCCGUACGCGAAGCAACAAGUAAUGUCGUCCCAAAAGGCUACCUGGCUGUUUGCGUUGGAGAAGAGCAAAAGAGAUACAUAAUCCCAACCCAGUAUCUCAGUCAUCAAGCAUUUCACAUCUUACUAAUGGAAGCAGAAGAGGAGUUUGGA